GCAACAUUUCGGUUGGAUGGAUUAUUUUGUUUUUGUAACGAUGUUGGUUGCUUGUGCAGUUAUCGGGUUCUAUUACGGUUUUAUAGAAAAAAAAGGCAAACGAAAAAGCCCUGACCGUCGAAGAGGUUCUGAAGCUCUGGAUUAUUUGGUGGGUGGAAGACAGAUGAAAGUGUUUCCGGUGUCGUUGUCUGUGGUUUCAAGUUUUGUUUCAGGCAUAUCAUUGCUGGGCCCACCAACCGAGAUUUAUGUAUAUGAAACGCAAUAUGCAUUUAUCCUUGUGACGAUUGGCUUCUCUGCAGUCAUUUCUUGGUACAUUUUCCUGCCCGUGUUUUAUAAUUUACAAUUAACUUCUACUUAUGAGGUUUCAUUACAUUGCACCCAAUUAGUUUUAUACAUGUGCAUGCAAGUCAACUUUAAACAAAUGUUGUUCUUUUCGGAUAAAAUCUCGUGCCUAUAUAAAUAAAUUAUUGUUUAACCAAUAGUUGCAAACAUUUUAAG